UGUAUUUUAUGUCUCCUUGUGUGCCAAUGACCUUGCAUGUGAUGAGGAUGGGAGAGGGCCAUUCACAUUAUCUUGGCCUCAGUACCUCUAAGACAACCCCCAGGUCAACACAAACAUACCCCCCUCCAAACUGCCAAACUUUGGAUACUCCUUGGGUACAGAGUCUUGCAAACGAUAUAAAAGGGCGGUCUAUGCAUUUUGGAGACAGAGCUCUUGAGAGCCUUCAUGAAGGAGCAUCUAUACCGACUCACUGAACACUUACAGAUUCCUACACAUCUUGGAUACCAUCAAGGCACCAUGUGGAAGGACACCAGCAUCAGUAAGGAGAGGUCACUGACUGACCCAGCAUAUAGACAAUGUCAGAUUUGUAUUUUUGAGUAGGCCAGGUGAAUCACAGAUUAUAAUUAUUGUCAUUUUUGGGGGGAAAUGUAUUUAUUUUGUACUUUUUAAAAAUUCUCUAAAGCUGAACAUUUGCUUUCGUAAAAACAAUGGAUUUUUAGGGGGUUUGAAAUAUCAAAGGAACUUUACAGAUGUUUUUGUCCUAUGGGCUAGGUUUACCAGUCGUAAUGCUUCAAAGUGACAGAGAGUCACAUAUAGAUUCUUGCCUAAGCAAACCUAUCCUGGAGACAGACUCACUACAUGAUAAGACCACCCUCCACAACCUGUCCUGGGCUCCUCUGGCUCAUCUCUGAUCUGGAACCUGUUGUUUCCCCCUCAGAUGUCCCAGGACAGAUGGCGGUUACCGGAGCCUCGUCCCGGAGUACCAACCGCAGAAAGAGGACCAGCUUCUCCAAAGAGCACGUGGAGCUACUCCGUGUCACCUUUGAGACAGACCCUUACCCUGGCAUCAGCCUGAGAGAGAGCCUGUCCCAGAAAACAGGGCUACCUGAAUCUCGUAUCCAGGUGUGGUUCCAGAACAGGAGGGCUCGGACUCUGAAGUGUAAGGGAGCUAAGACGUUUCUGUGCCAGUCAGACUCUGGCUUACACUCCCCUGGUGGGUUCACCCCUGUCCAGGAUCCAGUUUCCCAGCCCCGCACCAUGGGGACAGGGGCUACCCAGCACUGCCUUGCCCCUCUAUCCACCCCCCCCUGCCUGCCCCCUGCCUACCCCGCCCAGGUGAAGGAGGAGGAUUACUUUUUCUAUGGACGCUACUUUCCACCCUACCCUGGAGCGGAGGAGACUGGCCACAACACCUCCCAGUUUGGGUUUAGGCAGGCCAAGGUGCUGGGAUACAGCUCCAGCAUGCACCUGAAGAGCCCCGGGCACCAGAUGGUUCAAGGAGCCUGGCCCCAGGCAGUUGACCAGGCGACCCCAGUCCAGUCCAUAUGGAGCCCCUCUCCUCUGGAGGUGAGGAACUACAGCUCAGGCUCCAGCAAGGCCUUCCUCUACCAUCGCUCAGCCGAGCAGCAGCCCUUCUACAACAACCCCCAGGAAGCCUAUGGAGGCCCCAUUUCCCAGACCCAGGCCCCAGCCACCCCGGAUUCUGGCUGCUGGGAAGUUGGGCAAGAGAACACCCCUCCGAUGGAAGGCCAAGGUUCCCGAUUGGAUGGCUCCUGGAGCAUGGCUAUGUCUACCCCAGAAUACCCAGGACAAGCCCCGCUCCAUGCCCCCUUGCCAGAGCUCCCGGCCAUGUCCCUGCAGGAGAUCCUGGGAGAGCUGGAGGGAGAGUGGCAGGAGGGAGAUGGACUGGACAGCCACCAAAAUGGGGACAAACUGGUUUACUGCUGAAGUCUUAUCUCACUCUUCUUUUUUUAAACGAUAGACAACCUCUUCAUUGUUAUUAUUAUUAUUGUAGCAUUUUGUAUGUUUGUGGGAGUACGAGAGUGUUUACUGUAUAGCCUGUGUUUCUGUGGACUAAAUGCUCUCAGAGAGAGAGAGAGAGAGAGAGAGAGAGAGAGAGAGAGAGCGAGAGAGAGAGCGAUAGAGAGAG